AUGAUACCCUCUCUUGGGAGGAGUUAUUCCAAAGAUUUGGUGCAAGGGAAUGAGAGCAUGGAUUUUGGAGUCAGAGGUGUAUCUAAGGCCGCCAUGGAUCAAACUACAUUUUAUAGUAUUAUGGCUAGGAAAGUUAACCGCAGGUUUGUCGAUGAACAACAUCAUGAUGAAGAAGUGCAGCCUUAUAUACUUCAAUUAAUGCAUGAAGAGAACUCUCACUCUGAAGCACAUGUUGUUGAAUCUAAUGAAUUGAUGAAUUCAGCUAGAACUAAUGAUGAACAAAAUGAUGAAGCAGGUUCUUCAAAAACAAGAAAGGUCCGUGGGCCUACCUUAUUAAAAGAUAUAUGGAAUAUGCCUCGAGGGAAGACAAUUGAUGUGAGAUUCAAUACACGUAACCAAGCUAUAGGAAAGGAAGGUCGAAAGCUUGCUAGCUUUCUAGGAAUUAUAGCUAGAACACCACAAUCAACACCUUUAAACAUAGAAGAUUGGAGAUCAUUUGAUAAAAAUGAAAAGAGUAAAUUGGUGGAGCUUGUGAGGAAAAAGUUCUCAAUCCCUACAUGCGGUGAGGAAUUUGUCAAGAAAUCACUUGGGAAGAAAUGGAAGGAUUACAAAUGUGAUUUAAGGAGUAUGUAUACGACAAUGUAUAAGACCAGAGAUACCUUAUUGAAAAAUAGACCAAAUCGUAUACCUAGAGACCAAUGGAUUGGUUUGGUCUCUUAUUGGCUUUCUGAUAAAGUAAAGAAGCGUAGCCAGACAAAUAGAAGCAAUAGAACAAAGCAAAAGAUUCCUCACACUGGAGGAUCCAAGAGUAUCGGAACUCUAAUGGAUGAACAGGCCAAAGAUGGGAUAGAGCCUACGCGAGCAGAAGUUUUCAUUUUAACUCAUAAGAAACGCAAAGACGGUAGACCAUUAGAUGAGGAGUCUUCUAAAACAGUGGAUAUGAUACAAGAAAAGUUGAACAACGAAAGGACCUCUACUGAACAAUCUGAUGGUAGCGUUGCUUGGGAAGGAGAUGUGUAUACCCAAGUAUUUGGACCUGAAAAAAGUGGCUAUAUUCGUGGUUUAGGACUUGGUCCAACUCCUUCUAUAUUGUGGGGUAAUAAGUCUUUGUCAGGGAAUAUCUCUAGGAGCAAUAUGUCAAAUGACAUGCUCCAAAGGUCCCAUCUGAUGCUAACAGUGGUCAUGAAGGAGCACCCCAAGCACCACACAAGUCAUCCUGAUUGCACAGUGUUGAUCAAAAUAUUGAAGAUGCUCAAGAAGUCACUGCUACUUGUCACCUACUUCCAACUGCAGACAGACCAUUCAGUUCAUAUUUUGCUUUCAUUGACAUUGUCUCAUGGUAUUGCACAUGAACAUGGCAUAAUUUUUGAUGUUGAGAAAUCAAACCAUGGAAGAUUUCACUGGGGGAUUAAGCGCUGA